UCCUGCCUUUCACGUAAUUUCCCGUAGAAAGAACCACUACCUGUUGGUACUACUGAGAUAAUGCAGAGAACCGCACCAAGUGGCACAAUGGAAUCGCUGUCUUUUUAUCAUGGGGCCAUCAGCCGUGAGAUGUGUGAGAGGCGCCUGGCUGAGGUUGGCAAGGAUGGCAGCUACUUAAUCAGAGACAGUGAAAGCAUCCCUGGUGUUUUCUGCCUCUGUGUGCUGUGCAAUGGCUAUGUCUACACUUACCGCUUACAGCAAAACAAUGCAGGCUCCUGGGCAGCAGAGACAGCACCUGGUCAACAGAAACGCUUGUUUCGUAAAGUGAAGAAUUUGAUAAGUGCUUUUGAGAAACCAGACCAAGGCAUUGCCAUUCCCCUUCUCUACCCUGUGACUGUUCAGAAUCAUUACAGCCCGGAUAGAUCCAAUAUCUCAGCAUAAGGAGCAUGGAGGAAGAAACUAAAACCUAUUCACACCUAUUAUAAUUUUUCUUUCUUUAUUAUUAUUAUUAUUAUUAUUAUUAUUAUUAUUAUUAUUAGUAGUAGUAGUAGUAGUAGUAGUAGUAGUAGUAUUAUAUUGGUUUAUUAUUUUGAUUCAGAUAUUUUUUAUAAUGUUGAGUCAAACAACUUUAAAAUUCAUACCCACAAGACAUGUAUAUAUUUUAUGUUUCACAUUGUAAAAAAAAAGGUAGAUAAUUUAGUAUUGGUGAUUGUACAGUAAGACAGUAAGUGGUAAUGAUAUUCAUUUUAUUUGAAACCCUAUAAAUGCAAUAAAAACAAUAAAAAACAGCAAAAUAAAUACUAAAUUCUAGCUGAUAUGAAAUUGUCUGUGCAUCUAUGUUUUGUCAUCUAUUAUGUUCUGACGAAGUCUUAAAAUGCAUCUUAUUAGAAGGUGUUAUAAUGACUAAAAAUUCAAUAUAAAUAAAAUACAUACAUAUGAUUUUAA